GGGAGUUAAGUAACUAUCAUUGAAUAUAUCACACCCCCGGUCUCGUCGUCUAUGCUCCGGCACUUUAAGUGACCGCUGCGUGCGUCAGUCCAGUACGGGAAGAGCAACAGGGAGCGGGUCUUGAUAAGGCGUUACUCCUCGCACGGACCGCCGGGAAACCAGCCGCUGAUCGACCCCAUGGCAGGACCCGCUCACGUCUCCCGGGUCCGCUCGCUGUACAAGAGGAUCCUGCUGCUGCACCGCUUCCUGCCCAUAGACUUACGGGCUCUCGGGGACCAGUACGUGAAAGACGAAUUCAGAAGGCAUAAAAACGCGUCUGCCGAAGAGGUGAAGGACUUCAUGACGGAGUGGGAGAACUACAAGGACACAGUACAGAACCAGGUGCUGGAUUCAGCCGGGGAGCUUGUCAAGGGAGACACGUUUGGAGCCGACCUACCAGAGGGAAAACUCAAAGACUUUCAGGAUGACCAAAUAGGCCAGCUGUAUGAGCUCAUGCUGGAAGCUACCAAACCCAACAGGCAGUUUGAUAUCCAGGAGGACACCUUCAAGAAGUGAAACACUAGCCACCUGCAUUUGAAAGACCUAAACACCAAUAGAUGAGGAGAGAAAAGCCAUUCACCAAUUCAGAUGAAGAGUAUUACUCAAGCUCAUGACAGAGGGUUUAAAGAAUAUUUGAUUAAAGUACUGU